UAAAUGGUAAGAUCCUUUAGCUCGUGAGUUACAAGUUACGCUCAUCCUCAGCUCGCGCAUGACACGUUUCUGCUCCGAAGGCAGUCGCGUUAUCUCCACGUCCAUUUAGAGAAGCACAAACUCGCUCAGACUUACUUUUCUCCAUCACAUCCUCGUCAGCUCAACAUGUCCACCGGAUCCAUCAGCGAUGUGGAUGAAUUUCACGAGUCUGAGCUGCUGGAUAGUCUUUUGAAAUUUGGAUCCGGUAAAGAUCCGGGGACAUCAAACGAGAGCACGGAGGACAGCUCCAACUGCGAAGGAGCCUCGGUUACAGAAUGUACGGGGAAAAGGCGCAAAUCAGCCGCCAUGCGUAAAUCGGCUCCCAGUGGUGUAGCCCAAGAGGGCAAGCAGGUUCAGAGGAACGCGGCGAACGCGCGCGAGAGAGCGAGGAUGCGCGUGCUGAGCAAAGCGUUCUCUCGGUUAAAGACGACGUUACCGUGGGUUCCGCCAGACACCAAACUCUCCAAGCUGGACACACUGCGGCUGGCCUCCAGCUACAUCGCGCACCUGCGACAGAUACUCGCCAAUGACAAAUACGAGAAUGGCUACAUACAUCCAGUCAACCUGACGUGGCCGUUUAUAGUGGCGGGCAAACCAGAAAAUGAACUUAAAGAAAUGCUGAAUUCUGCACGUUUAUGUGGGACUACAGCUUCCUGAUACACCAGAUGGACUUAAAACAUGGACCUAUUUGAAAUAUUUGAAUUCAAAAAUAAGAAUAACACGUCAUCUCCUAUCUAAACACACGAGUGGGAAUAAUGGGGACAACAUCCUCACUCGCAUUCCUGUAAAGAGAAACUAAUAUCUAGCCUAUUUAAAUACUCACACAUGGGCCUUGCUGGUUCAAGGCAACAAUGUGUGAUUUUAUGCAGCUGUUUUUAUAAAGAUUCUGUCAUCACUUUUUUUUUUUUUUAUUAAAAACACGAGAAAUGAUUCUGCGUAGGGCUUUGGUGACACGGAAUGUCAUAAUAUCACGUGCCUUUGCUGUUUGCAUUAGAAUAAUUGUAAAUAAAAAUGUUAUAGUUUCAAGUGAUGCAAGUUUUCUUUGAUCGACCAUGGACAGAGAGUUCAUGUUUAUUCACUUUGCUUUGACCUGUGUGAACCUUGUUAUCAUUUCACCCCACCUUUUUCUCUCAAGAUCUCUGGCGAGAGGACAUGUCACCCUGUCACCCUGCCUGCGAGAGAUAAUGUGAUUAAUUCCCUUAAUCGGAAGAAACGUACACCUUCUCUUUAUCAUGAUAUAUCUGUCAUCAGAUAAGCAUGGCCUUAACCGUUUUGGAAAUCAAAGCGAGCGCUUCCAAUAGAGAUCGAGAAACUUCUCCCAAAACUCUUAGAAUUCCUCCGACUUUUAAGAAGUCAGGCCAGAGAAAACUGUGGGCUGACGUGGUCCGUGUUUAAGGUCAGUUGUUUUUAGACCAGUGAAUCGCGCAGCUCUUAAUCUCACUGUGCAGCCGUUGUUUAAUUUCGCUCGGGGUUGUGACCGUUAUGUUUAUAGCGCGCGGACAGAUAUUUAUGCAUCACUCCUCUGAGAGGCGCGAGAGCACGAGUUACCCGCAGUUACCGAUGAUGGGACGCCCGAUGUCACAGCCACGCCGCGGUAUUACAACUUAGAAAAACACUGCUCCCGCGCAUAUAACUGUAUUCCACAUUAAACCAGUCAUCACGGCUCUAUCGCAGAAUUACAGAAAUCCGCGCUGUGAGACAAAACGGUUUGAUGGCUCAAGACAAUAACAAGCCCGCCGCCGUCAUCAAUCACGCGCUGUUAUUGUAAGGAGAGGCUGAGGGGUGAUCUGUGCGAGUGAGAG